AUGUUUUUCUUUGCUUUUACUGUGACAGGUAGUGCCAUAGGAGGUGAUGAUAUCAUAGCAGGGAACGUGAGCAAGUACGCUGUUCUCCCAGCUGGUUAUUGUGGACAGCCUAAAAAAGGACAUCUUAUAUUUGAUGCCUGUUUUGAAAGCGGUAACCUUGGACGGGUGGAUCACAUCACAGAGUUUGAGUAUGACCUGUUCAUUAGACCAGAUACCUGUAACCCACGCUUUCGAGUUUGGUUCAACUUCACUGUUGAAAAUGUAAAAGAAUCACAGGUAAGUGAUACUAAAUUACGUAGUAUGAUAGCUUUAAAGAUUGCUUAUUCCAGAAUAUAUUUCAUUAAACAAAGAAGAUGAGAUCUGGGGUUUGUAACUAAACAUUUGCUGUAAAAUAUAUAUUUCUCCUUUGAAUUUUUGAAAUUAAAAGCA